UUAAGGAGUGUAUUAAAAAAUCAAUAUGCCAAAAGAAAUCAUCAUUUACUGCAGAAAAUUCAUGAGAAACAUUUUGUUCAACAGAGCACAAAUGGCUAUUGAGAUUGCUCAUCCAAACAGCAGAAACCCAUCCAAGAAGGCUAUCAGAGAGAAGCUUUCCAAGGUCUACAAGAAAGACGAGACUGCAGUUGUUGUCUACGGCCUCAAGACUCAAUUCGGAGGUGGAAAAACAACUGGAUUCGCCUGCGUCUAUGACGAUCUUGACUCCAGAAAGAAAUACGAUCAGCACUUCAGACUCAUCAGAGAUGGACUUGCCGACAAGGUUAUCAAGGGAAGAAAGGCAACCAAGGAACUCAAGACCAGAGUUAAGAAGGUCAAGGGUAUUGAGAAGGCUAAGGUCAGAGACUCUGCCAACAAGGGAAAGUAAAUCCUUCUUAUAAAAAUAACAACAUAAGCAUACCUGUGUC